GAAUUCAAUCCAAACAUAAUAAUAGUCAGUUGAAUUCAUAAUUCUGAAAGCGAAGACACUGAAAUCGGAAUGAGUAUUGAAGACGACGACGGAGUGUCUGCUUCGCAGAAUCACCUCGUCUUCGCUUACUAUGUCACCGGUCAUGGUUUCGGUCACGCCACUCGCGUCGUCGAGGUUGUUCGGCACCUGAUUUUGGCCGGACAUGACGUACAUGUCGUCACCGGUGCACCGGACUUCGUUUACACUAGUGAAAUUCAGUCCCCUCGGCUCUUCCUCCGCAAACUAGUUUUAGACUGUGGAGCUGUUCAGGCUGAUGCAUUGACGGUGGAUCGCCAGGCUUCAUUGGAGAAGUAUUCAGAAACAGCAGUGAAACCUCGGGCUUCGAUUUUAGCAACAGAAGUAGAGUGGCUGAACUCCAUCAAAGCUGACUUUGUGGUUUCAGAUGUUGUUCCAGUUGCAUGCCGUGCAGCAGCUGAUGCUGGAAUUCGCUCUGUCUGUGUUACAAACUUCAGCUGGGACUUCAUUUAUGCAGAGUAUGUGAUGGCUGCUGGACAUCAUCAUCGCUCAAUUGUUUGGCAGAUAGCAGAGGAUUAUUCUCAUUGUGAGUUUCUCAUUCGUCUUCCAGGAUAUUGUCCAAUGCCUGCUUUCCGUGAUGUUAUUGACGUGCCUCUGGUUGUGCGGAGGUUGCAUAAAUCCCGCAAAGAGGUGAGGAAGGAAAUUGGAGUUCGGGAAGAUGUGAAGCUAGUCAUUCUCAAUUUUGGUGGACAGCCUGCUGGAUGGAAGUUGAAAGAGGAGUACUUACCGUCUGGUUGGCUGUGCUUGGUUUGUGGUGCAUCUGAUACACAAGAUCUUCCACCAAAUUUUAUAAAACUCCCAAAAGAUGCAUAUACUCCUGAUCUUAUUGCAGCAUCUGACUGCAUGCUUGGAAAAAUUGGAUAUGGUACUGUCAGUGAAGCCUUGGCAUACAAGUUGCCUUUUGUCUUUGUACGAAGAGAUUACUUCAAUGAGGAACCAUUCUUAAGAAAUAUGCUUGAGUACUAUCAAGGUGGUGUUGAGAUGAUUCGUAGGGAUUUACUCACUGGUCAUUGGAAACCUUAUCUUGAACGUGCUAUUAGUUUGAAACCUUGCUAUGAGGGUGGCAUAAAUGGUGGCAAGGUGGCAGCUCACAUCCUGCAGGAGACAGCAAUUGGUAAAAACUAUACUUCAGAUAAGUUGAGUGGCGCAAGGAGGUUACGUGAUGCCAUAGUUCUUGGUUAUCAAUUACAAAGGGUCCCUGGAAGGGACCUCAGCAUCCCUGAAUGGUAUGCAAAUGCAGAAAAUGAGUUGGGUCAAAGUGCUGGAUCACCACCUGCUGAGAUGAGUGGGAGUAACUUGCUAAUGACCUCAUGGACUGAAGACUUUGAAAUUCUUCAUGGAGAUCUUCAAGGCCUUUCAGAUACAAUGGCUUUCCUGAAGAGCUUGGCAGACCUUGAUGCUGUUUAUGAUUCAGGGAAGAAUGCUGAAAAGCGUCAAAUGCGUGAACGUAAGGCUGCUGCUGGACUGUUUAAUUCAGAGGAAGAUAUUUUCGUGGCUAGAGCACCUGGAAGGUUGGAUGUUAUGGGAGGCAUUGCUGACUACUCAGGAAGCCUAGUAUUGCAGAUGCCUAUAAGGGAAGCUUGUCAUGUGGCUGUGCAAAGGAUUCACCCAAGUGAACAUAGGCUGUGGAAACACACUCUUGCACGACAGAGUGCCAAAGGACAAGGACCAAUGCCUGUUCUGCAAAUUGUAUCAUAUGGCUCAGAGUUGAGCAAUCGUGGUCCAACAUUUGACAUGGACUUAUCAGAUUUUAUGGAUGAAGGGCAACCAAUUUCAUAUCGAAAAGCAAAGGAAUACUUUGCCCGAGAUCCAUCCCAAAAGUGGGCAGCAUAUGUUGCUGGGACAAUUUUGGUUUUGAUGACAGAAUUAGGUGUACGUUUUGAGGAUAGUAUCAGCAUGCUGGUUUCUUCUGCAGUUCCAGAAGGCAAAGGUGUAUCUUCUUCUGCCUCCGUGGAGGUUGCUAGUAUGUCUGCUAUAGCAGCAGCUAAUGGAUUAAGCAUCAGCCCAAGAGAUCUAGCUCUGCUAUGCCAAAAGGUGGAGAAUCACAUAGUUGGAGCGCCUUGUGGUAUAAUGGACCAGAUGGCUUCAGCUUGUGGUGAGGCCAACAAGCUGCUUGCAAUGGUCUGCCAGCCUGCAGAGAUAGUUGGGCUGGUAGAAAUUCCUAGCCAUAUCCGAGUUUGGGGAAUUGAUUCAGGAAUUCGACACAGCAUUGGAGGUGCGGACUAUGGAUCUGUCAGAAUAGGGGCCUUUAUGGGGAGAAAGAUGAUAAAGUCUAUAGCAUCUAACAUGUCAUCUCAACCAUUGUCAUGUGCCAAUGGUGCAACUUCUGAUGAAUUGGAAGAAUCUGGCAUCGAAUUACUUGAAGCUGAAGCUUCAUUAGAUUACUUGUGUAACUUGUUGCCUCACAGAUAUGAAGCCCUUUACGCCAAACUACUUCCUGAAACCACGAGUGGUGAGGCAUUUCUGGACAGAUAUGAUCAUCAUGGUGAUUCAGUUACAGUGAUUGAUCACAAGCAGACAUAUGGUGUGACAGCACCUGCUAAGCAUCCUAUAUAUGAAAAUUUCAGGGUCAAGGCCUUUAAGGCACUGCUGACCUCUGCAACUUCUGAUGAGCAACUUACAGCACUAGGAGAACUAAUGUAUCAGUGCCACUACAGCUACAGUGCUUGUGGACUAGGCUCCGAUGGAACAGAUAGGCUUGUGCAGUUGGUACAGGAAAUGCAACAUGGUAAAUCAAAUAGAGGUGAAGAUGGUACUCUAUAUGGAGCCAAAAUCACUGGUGGGGGUUCUGGUGGCACGGUUUGUGUAAUUGGCAGAAACUCCCUAAGAAGCAGCCAACAAAUCCUUGCGAUUCAGCAGAGAUACAAAGCCGCAACAGGCUACUUGCCAUUUGUUUUUGAGGGUUCGUCUCCAGGAGCAGGGAAGUUUGGAUAUUUGAGAAUUCGCCGCCGCAGCUCUCCCAAAUCACAAUCGUAAUGUGCUAACAGAAGACAUUAAUAAGAUACAUCAUCUGGGGUCUACGCAAGUUUCUGGAAAUUAUUUAUAAUUCUUUCUUCUAGGUUUUAGGUCAAAUAAACCCAGAGACAUUCUACCACAUUAUUUUCAUCAAUUAAUAAAGUAUAUCAUUCUUA